AUGGCGGACCAGAUUCGACUGCUCGAUACGUCAGAUACAUUGGUCGAGGACAUUACCGCGUUCGCCGAGCAACAUGGCCUUGAGCACAAACUCGGCGUGCUCCGGAGAGCUGCACGAUUGAUACAAACCGAUGGAGACACAGACAGAAUACCUGCCAUCACUGACCAUGAGGCGCUUAUGCUGCAUAAUGCAGAGAAGCGGAAAUGGACCCAACCGCCUCUCAUGUACCUCUGCAUCGCUGCCACAGCAUUCGGAGCCAUUGGUCAGGGCUGGGCGCAGUCGUCCAUGAACGGCGCGAACCUAUAUUAWCCCAAGCUCUUUAAGAUCGGAUCGGAUUCUCUACACGACACGCUGGUCGUGGGCCUGAUCAACUCGGGCAUCUACCUCGCAAACGGCCUCCUUGGCUCGUGGCUCGUGCUCCCGCUGAACAAUCGCUUUGGGCGAAGGGGAGCAGUUUCCGCAGGAGCGAUCGUUGCCUUGCUGUUCAACAUCAUCGGAUCCUCUGCGGCCAGCUGGCAACAGCUGCUGGCCUGUCGUUUGGCACUUGGAGUGGGUCUCGGCGUCAUCUCCGGAACGCUCAACAUCUUUGCGGCGGAAUGCUCACCAUCCAACAUAAGGGGCGGCCUCGCGGUUGCCUGGCAAGCGUUUUGCGCCUUUGGAAUAUUCAUUGGCUUCCUCACCAACAUGAUUGUGGAUAAUAAUCCAGAGGUAUAUGGUGGGCCGCUCAGAUGGAGACUCAUGUUACUUGCGCCAGCAGUAUCGACAGUACCACUCCUGCUAUUGCUCAUCUUUGUGCUCCCAGAAUCACCAGAGUGGUUUAUAAAACACGGUGAACGGUAUGACCGAGCUUUUGAUGCUCUAUGCCGGCUACGGAACACAGAGCUGCAGGCCGCCCACGAGAUGCUAAUGUUCCAUCAUCAGCGCAAGCGUAGCAUGAAAGUCAACAAUGGCUACAUACAGUCACUACGGGAGCUUUUCACCAUCCCUAGAGUCAGACGGGCGACUCUGGCAGCGUACWCCACGAUGCUGGCACAGCAAGCAUGUGGCAUCAACAUCAUAGCGUUCUAUUCGAGCACCAUAUUCGUGGAAGGAGGCUUCAACACCUAUGCAGCCGAGUUGGCAUCUACAAUCUUCGGACUCGUCAAUUGCGUUGGAGCUUUACCGGCAAUAUGGACCAUGGAUAGUUUGGGGCGCCGCUCACUGCUGUUGUUGACUUUGCCUUUCAUGGCAAUCACCAUGAGAGUCGCAGKCGCAAGUUUCUCAAUCUCGGACGAGCAUUCAAAAUUGAGAUUCGGCAUGACGACCUCCAUGAUCUAUCUCUUUUGCCUGCUUUACUCUCCAGGAAUGGGACCUGUACCGACAGUGUACUCUGCAGAAGUGUUUCCGCUCUCUCAUCGCGAGCUGGGAACGUCAUCCGCCGUUGCCGUUACGAACCUAUUCGCCUCCCUACUCUCCUUGACGUUUCCCUGGCUACUCACCUCACUCGGCAAUACUGGCAGCUUUCUGUUGUAUGCUGUGCUGAACGUGCUUGCCUUUGGACUCGUGUUCCUAUUCGUACCAGAGACGAAGAGGAGGACUCUCCAGGAACUUGACGAAGUCUUUGAAGUUUCAACGAAAUCUCUCAUUCGAGAACGAAUGCGUCAGGUUAUGUGGAGAGAUAAGGUGACCAUAUGA